GAAAAAACAUCGGCGAAGACACCAGACGGGACUGUCAUCGCUAAAUUCAUUGACGCGAGUACACACUUUGAUCACUGCGCAGAAGAAUACUUUGCUGUUGAUCAAGAUAGGCUUCUAAAUUUGAAAACUGAGCCAUCUGCUAAUUUUAUACACGUGCGUCUUUGUUAAAAAAAACGUAGCGAUAGCGACAUUAUCCUGCAGCACAUACAUAGAGAAAACGAGAAAGAGAGAAGACGCGUGUAGUGAAAUUUUCGUCACGCUGAUAAGCAAAUUCGCGGUCAAACAGAAACGCCGCGCUUGUUUUUCGAUGUCUAUCAUGCAGAAGUAAAUUUGUGCGCGUAGUAAUCAGACGUGUGGGAGCGCGAUGACGAGCGAAUUGGCAAGGAUCUGCACCGAAGAGAAAAGUCAAGUGCAGCUGCAGCAAUCGCAACCACAACAGUCCGUACUCCAGAUUAAAGUUUACAAGAGAAGAUGGCUCAUGCUUGGCCUUUACAUGUUCUACGCGGGUCUUGUCUGCAGCCAAUGGAUUCAGUAUUCCAUUGUUUCCAACAUCAUAGCUAAGUAUUACGACGUAUCGAUGUUCCUGGUCGACUGCACAUCCAUGAUUUUCAUGCUGCUCUACGCGAUAUUCAUAUUCCCGGUGACUUACUUGUCGGAAAAAAUUGGACUGAGAUGGUCGAUCGUGCUUGGUAGUGCACUAUGCUGCUUGGGGUCAUGGAUCAAGACCCUGUCAGUCUCGCCGGACAGAUUCUACUUGACUCUCGUUGGCCAAGCCGUUGCAGCUAUUUCUCUGACAAUAAUGCUACCACUGCCCGGUCGAGUAGGAGCAAAAUGGUUUGGUUCAGAUGAAAUAUCAACGGCAACAUCUGUGGGAAUCUUCGGAUCACAACUAGGCAUUUCUGCGUCGUUCUUAUUAGGACCCGUUAUCGUUAAAAAUCACGACAACAAGGAUGACAUUGGAUCUGAUCUUUCUGUCUUAUCCAUGAGCCUCGCUAUCGCUGCUACUAUCAACUUGAUCCUCUGCACUCUGUUUUUCCAGGAAGAACCAAAACUACCGCCCAACGAGACACGUGCUCUGCAGAAAACUAAACAUAGUCAGACAAAUGAAGAGUUUAUUGAGUCAAUGAAGCGUCUUUUCACCAACAAAAGUUUUCUCAUACUUUGCAAUUCGUACGGCUUGAAUGUUGGCACGUUUAAUGCUAUCAGUACCAUGCUCAAUCAGCUUUUUCUUAUACAUUUCAAAAAUGGCGAACAAAGUGCUGGAAGAAUUGGUCUGCUUCUUACUCUUACGGGCAUGUUUGGAUCCAUAACAUUUGGCAUUAUUCUCGAUAAAACUCAUAAAUUCAAAUUAACGACUGUUAUCGUUUACUUUUUAACUUUUCUCGGCCAAAUAUUUUUUGCUGUGGCCAUAUUUAUGGAAGUCGAAUGGAUGGUUUAUGCAUCGUCUAUAUUUCUUGGUUUCUUCAUGUCGGGAUAUCUAGCCCUCGGUUACGAGAUGGCGGCGGAAUACACAUAUCCCGAGUCAGAAGCGAUACCUGGUGGUCUUCUCAACAUUACGAACAAUAUUUACGGUGUGAUUCUCAUCCUUGUUCUGGAAAAAGUGCUCGAAUGCUAUGGUGACGUGCUGGUGCAUGUGAUAUUUUGCGGGGUUCUUCUUCUCGGACUAAUUUUGACAAUAAUGACAAAGGAUGAACAUAGGCGACAAGACGCCAAAAAGGCUGCUGAAUAUCAGGGUAUACCUCAGGACGAAAUAAGAGACAAGACUAAAGUUGAGGAAGGUCACGUUUGACAGCAAGAAAAGCCUACAACAAUGUCAAUUUUCGUUAAGUGACUAAUGUGAGUUAGGAAUGUAUUACGCUGUAGUGAGGACUUGAUUGUAAUUUAUCAGUUUUAUCAAAUGUUCUUUUAUAUUGUAGAUGCUCAAUUUGUCCAUUGUACAUAGGAAUUUUCCAACUCCCUAUUUCGGAUGCAUCGGUAUUACGAUGACGAAAUAAGUGAAUAUACACAAAGUUAUUGUUAUACUAUUAGAUUUUUAUUGUGAUCUGAUUAAUUGAUACAUGUUUAUUAAAGAGUAUUUGCUGUUUGUGUAAAUACAGACAUUGCAUUAUUAUAGACAACGAAUAAUUGUAAAAUAAUGCACAUAGUAAUAAAAAACAUUAUUCAGAAAAUGUAAUGGAAAAAACUCUGAGCAGUUUAUAUAUUUCAUAGUUUGAAUAGAAUAAUUCGAUGGAAUUGAUCAAUAGGUCCAGUACCUGGUUAUUUUCAAUAUUAUUUCAAAGUAGAAAGACAGUAAAUGCAAAUUUACGAUUUAUAGUGAAUUUGUAAUAAAUCCAGAAAAAAAGGAGCAUAACAUAAAAUCACAAUUUACUGAUUUACGUUGGAAAUAAACACAUAGCGUUUUUUAAUAACAUCUAACGAUGCAACAUUUUAUGAAAGUCAAAAACAUAAAGUUGGCAAGAGCAAUAAAUCAUCACCAUUUUAUAUAUUAAUAGCAGCUGAAAUAUUUAAUUGUGGACUAUUUAAAAAGAUAAUUUGAUAAAUACCUUUAUUUUUCCCAUGCAUACGCACAUACUCUAUACAACUAUAUACAUAUAUACGUAUUAAAACACAAACUAAUGUUUUGCACGUCAGGAGAAUUGGUCUUUUACUUGAGAUAAAUUUUUAAAUGUAAUGGAACAGUAACAGUGCAUUUCUGUGAAAGCUUUCUGAAUGGUCUCAAAAGAUUCGUGCGACUUUACUCGUCGCUUCAACACCUGAUGCCAGGGCGAUUAAAUGGGAACACUCCAAAAUGUAAGUUUUCUUGAAAUAAAAUCUCAAAACGCAGAAAAGGUUGUAUCGACGAAGAGAUGAAAUAAAAAUAAAGGAGAGAAUAUUUGUAAAAUUAAUAAAGACGCGGAGG